AUGUUCUCGUGCAGCGACAAUGAGCUGGUAGAGGUGAGUUCAAUCGGGCGAGGAGUCUGCGUGUUUGUGGGCAUUUCCAGAGAGGAUAAUGAUGAAGACAUUGAGUAUAUUGUUCGAAAAAUCUUGAACGUGCGACUGUUUGCAUCCGAAAACAAGCGCUGGGACAAGUCUGUGAAGGAUGAGGGACUGGAGGUCCUCUGUGUCAGCCAAUUCACGCUUUAUGGCUAUUUAAAAGAUGCAUCCGAGUUCUAUGCCAGAUUCAUGGAAAAGAUGAGAAAAUCAUAUUCGCCCGAAAAUGUGCAGGACGGACGAUUUGCAGCAAUGAUGAACGUGGAGAUUGUUAAUGAUGGUCCAGUGACGAUCAGUUUAGAUAGCAAAAAUAAAGAUUGA